AACGAGGUAGACACGGUUACGUAUAGCCGUGCUGACGUUAUGUCCGAACAAUGUGACCUUGUAGUGACGCUCAGCAGAACCUGUAAAUGGUGGCAUUCACUACAUACGCGUACAGUUUAAAAGAGGGACCUGAUGGGGAAAAAAAUCUCGAAAUAUAAACGGGAACAAAAGGCGAGGGACGUAGGCGGAGAAUCCCCAAGACCUCCUUUAUCUCCACCACGGUAUGCAAAACGGAGUGACGAGGACACUGAAGAUUAUAGACUGGGCUACCCAGGAAAGUGUGAUGUCAAAAAAGCUGACAAGAAUAUAAUAUUUUAUCAAAAUAAGAUGAAGUCAAUUCCUGACGGUGAUUAUAUUGAUAACAUCCACGCAGACUGGAAAGGAAAGUACACUUUGCUAGAAACACACCAGGGUUACAUACAUUGGUUAUUUCCUAUCCGAGAGAGUGCGUCAAAUUGGCACGCACAAGAGUUGCAGUUGCACGAAAUUCAGGCAAUAAAAGAAGAUCCUGUAGCCUACGGGCGAGUUCGAACGUCCUAUGAAUUGAUGUUGGACUUCUUUGGUAUAAAACUGAUCGAUAAACACACUGGCAAAUUGGCAAGGGCGGACAACUGGGAGGAACGCUUUGAAAACCUUAACUCGACAUUCCACAACUACACGCGUAUUACACGCAUUCUCAAGUCACUGGGCGAGCUCGGAUACGAACACUACCAGGCUCCGUUCGUGGAUUUCAUUCUGGAUGAAGCAUUUAAACGAAAAACUCUAAAUGGUCAAGUGCUCAAGAGUUGUAUAGAUUACUGGGUAGGAACAGUUAAAAAUGAAAAGGCAAGACGAAAACUCUUGAAAAAAUCUUCGCGUCAUAACUGGGACCAAAAUUAGUAUUUUUUGAAAAUUGUAAAUUUGUAUUGCUAUACAUAUACUAUAUCACAGCCAUUGCAUUUUAGAGGCAUCUUCAUUCUAUAUAUCAGUCCCGCCCCCAGUGUCUUUCUCCAGACAUACACUUAUGUUUAUAUUUAUGAUUGUAAUUAAUGGAGUACAUAUUGGAAUAUUAGUUCACUGUUACUCCUAGUGCCCGUUGAAUUUGGUUGGCAUUAUCACCAUCGAAUGACCCCCAUUAACCUCACCGGCACAUGAUAUUAAAAUUGCUUUGACACAAUGGCGCCCAGGCCUCAUUCCAAAACUAAUUGCUAAUACGUUUUUGUAAGUAUAUUACCUUAUUACAUGUGUACAUUCCGACGCCAUAUAUUCGUAAUUAAAAUGUGUUUAGUGCGUCAUUAAAUAAAAACAUUCCUUCCUUCUUACGUGCGUAUACACGUUUGAUAUAUGUGCAUGUUCAGCAUAUGUAUGUUAAUUAUACUUAUACAGCACACAAUAUAUAUAUAUGUAUUUACAGUUAAA